GGCGAUCUGCGAACAACAUAUGUAACUUCCUUAUAAACAAACGAAAAAAUAAUUUAAAAUAAAAACUUCAAACUUUUUUAUUAUAAUAUCGUUGAACAAGCAUUACAAAUAAGAUUUUAUUUUGCUCCUGCGCAAAAAAUAAUCACAAUCAGUCUUAAAAAUCUUUACAGAGUGACACGCCGGAUUAUUUUGAUAAAACUGAAGUCGAUUUCUCAAUAGAAAGAUGAAUCCCAAGACUCCCAACUGGCAUUACAAAUCACGUACGCACGUCUAUGUCCGAUUAUUCUUUCACCAAUGACACAAUCAUCAAUGCCUCUUAAGUAUAAUGUUGCGUCACUGAUAAAGCCUAAACCUUCGAUGGAGGUCUCAGUCAGCAGCCUUUAGCGACCCAUCAAACCUGAUGAUGUGUAAAUCGCGCGCGCGGAGGGUCGACGUCGCAAGUGGGAAUUGGAGGCUUUCCCGCGAAGAUCAGUAUUAGUUUGCAAGGUCGGCGUGAUUGAGCUGACGGUGCCAUAUGAUAUGGAUUAUUCUUCCCGCGUCAUCGAGUUAAUUCAUGCUACCGAAGUGACGACAGAAUAUACGCACGAGAUAAUGUGUUGUUCCAGCUCUGUGGCAUUUACUUGGAUUUCAAGUAACGUCAGAGACAAUGAGUCAAUAAAUGCUAAUAAGUAUAAUAGUAAGUUAAUGAGAUAAUAGAUCAUUGAUAGAUUCCUUUGAAAAUAAUAAGUAAGAAAGAGGAUUUGCAGAGUCUUUUCGAAUCGAGUUUAAAUGCAUUAAAAUUUUUCUCAUUUGCCGUAUGUGAGAGCAGAAUUAAAACGGAAAGUGAAAUAGGAAAAGGAAAAGUAAAAGGACAAACACAAUGUGCUGUAUUUUAAAAGAGAUAAGAAAGACCUAUGAAAGAAGAAGAAGAAGAAGGAGAUAAAAUGAUCUAAAAGAAGUGGGAGAGCACGAACUACGUGCUGGAUCUCGGCAUCAACGAUACGCUGCAUUACAUACACGCGACAACACCAAUGUGGGGUAGGUAGUUAUCCAAUUGACAGUGCCCCGUCUGACAUAGUUCAGUCACGAGGCGAGCACAGGAUGAUCCUACGUCUCCUCCGUUGACGGAGCGGCAGUCGUUCCCUCGAAUUUGCGCUCGCCACGUGACGUUCCGCUCGCUCCUUUUUCGAAAUCUCUCGCGUCGACGUCGCGUUUCCGACGAAAUUUUCGCGUUACGAUAAAUAGACGAAGAAUAUAUGUACGUAUGUAUAUAUAACGCCCGGUACAUGCUAACAGGUCGUGUACAGUGAUAUGAAGAUAAUGUUAAUACGACGAGCGUGUUUGAACCGAAGCGACUGGUGUUUCAUUCGCAAUGAGAAUGAGCCUAGUCAAGGUUAACGAUUGUCGGUGACAGCUGCGGAGGAUUUCGAAGGAUUCUCGCCGAGAGCAUCGAUUUUCGACGAGGGGAAAAAGGACGUAAAGAAAGGGAAAACGAGAUCGACGCGAUUCCAGCGAUUCCUCGCACAUCUCUCGGAAUAUCCAUGAAGACCGGGAUGCCAUCGGGCUGACAUCAGUACCAUGGCAGCCGAUCUCUACGCGAAUGGCUCUCUAAAGUCCACCAGGGUCGUAGGCAGCAUGGGGCAACGUAAAUCGGGCGCCCCAGGCGCCUUGGGUGCCGCGGUGCCUAUAUCGACGGAGGAGGAGCAGCUGAAGUUUCAAGACAGCAGAUUUCUGGCGACUUUGGUGCUCGGCAGAAGUAGGAGAUUCUUGCCGGACGUGCUGCCGUCGUGCUCGCCGGGCGUAUUUCGCCAAAAGUCGUUUCGCUCGUCCACACCGCCACCAUCAUCGCCGUCAACGACGACGACGAUAGCGAAGGUGUUGGCGACAGUAGCAGCAUCGGCAUCGUCGCCAGCCUCGCGGAACGGUCGAGGCGCACCUGCGUCCGCGACGAACGACCGCUGCGCUUCUCGCACAGCCAUCCCUGCCGCCGUCACCACCGCUCGACCAGCAGCAGCAGCAGCAGCAGCAGCAGCAGCAGUAGCAGCACGUGACAGCAGUUCGCGGACCGCUUCUUCGCUGUCGUUAUCACGGGGCGCCCGAGCAGCCAGCAAGCACGCGCGCCUCGGCACGGCACUGGCCAGCAAAAUGGCGUCCGCGAGCACCUCCACGGUCGUGCAGGGCUGGCCGAAUACCAAGGACGAUUACGAGCUCAAGGAGGUUAUCGGGGUCGGAGCGACCGCAGUGGUGCACGCAGCGUUUUGCAUCCCGCGACAGGAGAAAUGCGCGAUCAAACGGAUAAAUUUGGAAAAAUGGAACACGAACAUGGACGAGCUGCUGAAAGAGAUACAGGCGAUGUCUUCUUGCAAUCACGAAAACGUCGUCACGUAUUACACGUCGUUUGUGGUGAAAGAGGAGCUCUGGUUGGUUCUACGAUUACUUGAGGGUGGAUCCCUGCUGGAUAUCAUCAAGCAUAAAACCAGGACCACUAAUUGCAAGCACGGAGUAUUCGAUGAAGCCACCAUAGCCACCGUACUUCGAGAGGUGCUCAAAGGGCUUGAAUAUUUCCAUAGCAAUGGACAGAUUCACAGGGACAUAAAAGCGGGUAAUAUCCUACUAGGCGAGGAUGGCACAGUGCAAAUCGCCGAUUUCGGUGUCAGCGCGUGGCUGGCGACUGGACGCGACCUGAGCCGGCAGAAGGUUCGGCACACUUUCGUCGGUACACCGUGUUGGAUGGCGCCCGAGGUCAUGGAGCAGGACCAUGGCUACGAUUUCAAGGCCGAUAUUUGGUCACUUGGCAUCACGGCGAUCGAGAUGGCCAGCGGCACGGCGCCGUACCAUAAAUAUCCUCCGAUGAAGGUCUUGAUGCUAACACUGCAGAAUGAUCCGCCGACUCUGGAUACCGCUGCGGAUGACAAGGACCAAUAUAAAGCAUAUGGGAAAACAUUCCGAAAAAUGAUUGUUGAUUGUUUACAAAAGGAUCCUACCAAGAGACCAACGGCCACCGAGUUGCUAAAACAUCCCUUUUUCAAGAAAGCCAAAGAUAAGAAAUAUUUGCAGCAAACAUUGGUAGCGAUUGGACCCAGUUUAGAAACACGUGUACAAAAGGCAUCAAAGAGACAACCCGGCACAUCAGGUCGAUUGCAUCGGACAGUGACCGGAGAGUGGGUCUGGUCGGAAGAAGAAAACAAUGGUGAUUCGAGCAGCGACGAAGGUAAAGAAACGUUACCGGUUAAUACAAUUGAAAAGGCCAGCAGCGACGAAGAAGCUGGCGAGGCCGACGAAUGCUAUGGUCAAAUCAGGGUAGCGCAGAGUCAUAUCGCAAUACCAGCUACUGGACAAAAUGAACCCAUAAACUUGGUGCUUAGAUUACGGAACGAAAAGCGGGAGCUUAAUGACAUUAGGUUCGAUUUUACCGUUGGAGUUGAUUCCGCGCAAGGAAUCGCGGCGGAAUUGGUCGCUGCGAACUUGGUCGAUGGCAAGGAUGUUAUGGUGAUAGAAACGAAUCUAAAAAAGUUAAUAGAGAGUGGAGGACAAUUACGAACAGUGACGUUUUCCUUGAAUUCUGGCUACGCGACGAACGAAGUACCAGAUGACAAGGCGUUAAUAGGAUUUGCUCAGAUCUCUAUCACUGAUUAAACAAUCUCAAUUGCGUUCUGAACUUUCGAUAAUGUUCUUAAUUGAUACAUUUUGCCAAGAUCCAGAGAGUAUCAAAGGUUAAGAAAUCAAUCAGAUAUUAUUUCUGAAGAUAGACUAAACAAUAAAAAAAAAGAAGGCUCGGUACACACAAACGACACAUAUAAAUUAGUUUGAUCAGUGAAUGCUCACCCCUAGCAAAUCAACUUUUGAUGCUUUUGUUUCUUUCAGAUUCUAAUUAUUAAUUAUAGAUAUUCGAAAAUACAUAUUUGUAACAAAACAUUGGUAGUAAUGAACCGCUCAAGUGUGUGAAAACAUUGUCAGUGUUUAUGAGGACAAUCGAAUGGGGCAAAUACAUAAAAAUUCACAUUAUCAUCCUUGUACUGGCUUAAGGGGUAUACACUUACUCUAAUCAAUAAUGGCUGUAGUUUUAUAUAAUCUAAUUGUAUCGUUUGUAUUAUGUAAAUAUUAGUUUUCGUUAUUUUCCUUCUUUUUCUUUGUGGUUGAUACAUCAAAUGGGAUAAAAAUAUACCGCGCAAUACGAUUUCGUAUAAGUAAGAGCAAAUUUAGAGAAUUGAGAGAGAAAGAGAGAAAAAUGCUUGAUAGUUUAACUUAUUUGUUCAAAAUAUAAACAAUUACUUUUAAGCAAGGCUUUAGUUACAUAAAAAAAAAACAAUUAAAUAUGCUACACAGAGUCAUCAUGUUUAUGUAUCAUACACAGAUUAACUGUAUAUAUAUAUAUAUAUAUAUAUAUAUAUAUAUAUAUAUAUAUAUAUAUAUAUAUACACAUUUAUAUAUAAUAUGCUUUAUGCUAGGAAACAAACAUAGACAAUGUUGAAAUAAAAACUCUUUUGUACUUAAUUAAAUAGACUUACGAUAGAGCAAAUUAAUAUUUUCACAAUUUUUAGACGUAACGAGAAAGAGAUAAAAAAUUUUUACCUCGUAUGUCUCGAAAAUUUUUAAAUUAAGUCAUCUUUUUGUAAAGUACAUCAUAAAAUGGAUAAAAUCAGAAUCACACGAUAAUAUAACAUAGCAUAGUAAAAUAGUAACGAAAAAGAUAGCAUUGCAAUUUCAUGAAUUAUUCAUAAUUUACAACAUUUUAUAUCUUUCAGAAAUCUUAAAGAUACAUAUGUAUAUGUAUUUACGACAUUAUUGCUUUUUAUUGUGUUUGCAGAUCAUCAAAGUUUAUAUAACAAAUUCAUACAACACACUUUACUCAAAGAACAUCUAAACAUUCUCAGAAUGUCUCGCCUUUAGAAGGCCCUCGGAAGUUUAUGCUGCAUGGAAAGGAUUUUAAGUUAUACACACACACACACACACACGCACGCACGGAUAGAAAUAAAAUUAAAGUAAAAGAAAAAUUGAUCAUAAAUUGAUUACAGUCGCUAGCAGAGCUAUAAUCAGUGUGAUUCUGUAUUUUAUCGAUUUUCACACAAAUUGCAGCGGAUCGCAUCAUAAUAUGGUAAAGGAUAUAUAUUUUGCAGUCCUUGAUAUUCUGCAAAUAAUAUAUACAUAUGUACUAUUUUUGUGAAUUUUCACUAUUAAAUUAUUGUGUUUAUCUAGUAGUUUUUAAUAAAAGAAAAUUCGCACGCAAUUUCACAUUUCCUUUGCCAUAUUUGCCGCAACAAAUACACGUACGCAAUACUAAACCAGCGACACAAGAGCAAAAUCAGUUGUAGUAAUAAUCGAAAUACAAAUUUGUUGAUAUACAUGUGUGAUGAUUAUAUGCAUAUACUCCAUAAGAGCCAGCUGUGUGGUUUAAUUAGACGACAUACUUUUCAUGAUUAAUACGCGAGGAGUAAACAAUAAUUAUACUUUUAAGACGCAAAUGAUAAUGUUAGCUUAAGUAGAUUUUUACCGAUAGCUGUAUUCAAUGGCACUAUAUCCCGAUAGCACUUAUAGAUUUCUCGUGCACGUUUCGUUGGCAGUGAGUUUCGAUCGAUUCGACAUAGCUUGCGCAUCUCACUACGUGCCUUAUUCGGAGAGUGCAUUUGGUCGAAAUCUGUGUUUCAACUGCGAUUAUUGAACUACAAACUGAAGAUUUCACGUCAGGAUCGGGAUUUCUUUUUCGACUAAAGUGCAGUGCCAAAUCGAGUGUGUUGUAUGUAGCGAUUAUAAAUGUGUAUUAUGAGAAAAAAAAACGAUAAUUUAUUUGUAUCAAUAUCAAACGUCGUUUUGCCAAUGAAAAA